AUCUGAGCGUGCACAGGGGGAGGGCACCGAACGGGAGGUGGAGCAGCAGUCCCACCGCUCCGCUUCCGCGGCUGCCCCCGCCGGCCUCUGCUCUCGCCUCUCUCCUCCAACCCGCCCCGGUUUGCUUCCCCGCCGGCCGGGCCAGCUCUGCGUUGUCGGGAUGCGGAUGUCGGCGCUAUCGCUGCUGCUGCUGCUGUGCGCGGUGCAGCUUUGUGCUGCCGCGCUCGGCAGCUCCCACCCGCAGCUGCUGGUGGAGCGGAGCGGGUCCCGCAGGCUGGGCAAGGUUGGUGGCUUUGCCUGGGAGAACUGCGGUGACAGGAGGGACCCCGUGGUGCUGCAGAGCCUCUCCGUGGCACCCGACCCCAUCAGCAUCCCAGGGAGUCUGCGUGUCAGUGCCGCCGUCAACAGCGGCAAGACCAUGGCCUCCCCUCUGAAGGCUGUGCUGGUGGUGGAGAAGGCGCUGGGAGACCUCUGGAUCCAACUACCCUGCAUUGACCAGCUGGGCAGCUGCACCUACAACGAUGUCUGCACCAUCCUGGACGAGCUCAUCCCACCCGGCACAACAUGCCCGGAGCCCCUGCUCACCUAUGGCAUCCCCUGCCACUGCCCCUUCAAAGCGGGCUCUUACUCGCUGCCAGCCAGUGACUUCGUGCUGCCCGACAUGGAGCUGCCUUCCUGGAUGACCAACGGCAACUACCGCGUGCGGGCUGUUGUCAGCAAUGGUGGGGAGGAGCUCGGCUGUGUCAAGCUGGCCUUCUCCCUGCAGUCCCAGUGAGGGGCAGGGGACCUCCUUCUGCUCCCCACCGUCCUGUCCCCUUCCAUCCCAUCCCGUUGCACCCCAACCCAUCCCUGUGAGGCGCAUCCUUCCUGCUGCCAGGAGGAUGCAGCUCCAUACCCCUGCUCGGUGCUCCUCUGGCUGGCCUGCUGCCCCCAACCCCAUCACCGGGGUGUCCCCUGCACCACACAGGGUGGCCUUGGAGCCUAACCCUAGCCUUUCAGCACGACCUGGGGGUACUUGUCUUA